AUGCAUCUGAGCGCAUUCGUUCAGACAUCGCAGGAUCACCGAUUUGGCUCGGGCACCAGCGCAUUGAGAGAGCAUGUUCAGGCCAUUCAAGCCUGCCGGCGGUCCCAACUCUGGCACACUGCUCUUGAUCUUUUCGUAUCCACUUCGCACCAGAGCUUGGAGGUCAACGCCGUGGUCUACACUGCAACAAUCUCUGCCUUGGAGCAGUGGCCGAAGGCCUUGCAGCUCUUCGAGGAUUUGCAGGAUCGCAGUUUGGAGGCUGAUGUCGUUCUGCACAACGCGGUCGUCAGCGGCUGUGAUACCAGAGAGCAGUGGAAGAAGAGCUCCUCCAUAUUCAGCAAGCUUCGCUGUCGUUCUAUUCAAGCAAGCCUGAUUUCAUUCAACACCUUCAUCAGUACCUGUGACAAGUCCGGCCACUGGGAGCAAGCUGCAGCUUGCCUCAUGCGUUUGGAACGAGGACUUCAAGCUGAUGCAAUCUCGUACAACGCAAUGAUGAGUUCCUCCGGAUCUGCCAACUGCUGGCAGCUUGCGGUGGACUCGUACGCAAGGCUACGACAAGCUCAUAUCCAACCAACUCGUGUCACCUGCAACACAGCCAUCGCCACCUGCAGGCAUUGGCAGCGGACCCUGCGCGUACUGUCGGAAGGUUCAAAGAUGAGUCUCUUUCCGGAUGUUGUCUCAUAUUGCUCUGCCAUGAGUGCCUGCGAGAAAGCAGCUUUGUGGCAAAUGGCAUUCUGCCUUUUCGCAACGAUGACGGGUGACCAACUACAGGCCACGAGCGUUUGCUACAACACUCUCAUCAGCGCAUGUGCUUCGGGCCACCAGUGGCAGAGGGCUGUCAUCUUGUUCUAUGAUUUUCUGGAGGUUUCUCUGGAGCUGGAUGCGCUGACUUGCAAUGCUCUUAUGACCGCUUUUUGCCGAGCUGGACGAUGGCAGCAUGCUGCAAACCUACUAUUCGAGAUGUCGCUGUGGCUUGUGUCUGCUGAUAUUAUCUCACACUGUGCCUGCAUCUCCGCCUUCGAGCAAAGCGGACAGUGGGCAGGAGGUCUGGCAAUGUUGCGAAAACUGCAUCGAGCCAUGCUGCAAACAAGCAGCGUGGCGUAUACUGCUGCUGCCGGAGCUUGCGAAAGAUGUGACAGAUGGUUAGACUCCGUUGACCUUCUGUGCAGCUUGCAACUGGCCGCACUGUUUGCAAACAUGCCUGCCUACAGCACCGUGAUGAAUGCCUGCUCCACCGCUGGCUAUUGGCCCAAGGUGAUGCACAUCCUUCAAUGCGCCCAACGGACGAUGCUGUUAGUUGAUGUCAUUAUGCGAGGUUCUGUCUUGAGUGCAUGCCAAUCCGGCACGCAGUGGCACUUGGCAUCUUCCCUCCUAGGCUCGGAGGUGCCGGAUGUAAACUGCGUGUUGUGCGGCUGCGCACUGGGCAGCUGCGCAAGAGCGGCGCACUGGCAGCGUGCGCAGCAGUUGAUGCAGGAUGUUGACGAGAGCGCUGUCGAGGCCAACGUCCUUCUAAGAAGUUCGCUGCUGAGCAGCUUUUCUCGUGCAUCACGGCCCGUGGAGGCUGUUAAAAUGCUCGAGAAGCUCUCGAUGGACUCUGGCCUUAUUCCCUGA